UCACCGGAAAAUCGAUAAAAAUCCACAAAUGAUCGAGCUAAAAGGCGAAAAAAUUGUUCCUGACAUCGUUCAUGAGUACACCCCGAAGAUCCGGAAUGGAAAUAUCCCCAUUGUGAUCGAUAAUGGAAGCUACCAAUGUCGCGUUGGAUGGGCUUGUAACAAGGAACCAUCGUUAACUUUUCGUAAUUUAAUCGCCAAACCACGUAAGGAACGGAAUAAAAAAGACGAAACAGGCACCGCAAACCAACCGCCGGUCCAAAUUGGCAACGAAAUUGUCAAUAUUGAAGCUUUGCGAUUCCAACUGAAGAGCCAAUUCGAUCGAAAUGUCGUCACACAUUACCAGAUUCAAGAACAAAUCUUCGAUUACACGUUUAAACAUCUCGGCAUUACAACUUCAGGCGUCGCACAUCCAAUUGUCAUGACCGAAUGCUUUGGAAAUCCGAAUAGUUGUCGAGCGUUGAUGUCGGAAUUGUUGUUUGAAUGCUAUGGGGUCCCUUCUGUGGCUUAUGGCGUCGAUGGAUUGUUCAGUUACAAGUUUAGUAAUGCGGCGCGAGAUGGUUUAAUCGUCAAUAUUGGCUACAAUACGACCCAUGUCAUUCCCGUGCUCAAUCACAAAGUCAUCGGAGUGAAUGCGCGACGCAUAAAUAUCGGCGGAUGUCACAUGAUAAAUUAUUUGCAUCGAUUAUUGCAGCUAAAAUACCCCGUUCACGUGAAUGCCAUCACCAUUAGUCGUGUUGAAGAGCUUUUGCAUGAACAUUGCUCCAUCGCGUAUGACUACAUGGAAGAGCUGAAGAAAUGGAGUAACCUCGAUUACUACGAAAAAUAUGUGAAAAUCAUCCAAUUACCCUAUACGGUGCCCGUAGCAGCUCCCGUGAUGAGUGCCGAGCAAAAAUUAGAGAAGAAACGGGAGUUGGCAAAGCGUCUCGUGGAGAUGAAUGCCCGAAAACGCGAAGAAAAAUUACUUGAGGACGAAGAAACGUUGCAAAAACUGAUUUUAAUCCGUGACAUGUACUUCAACAAGGACGAAGGUGACUUCGAAGAUGCUCUUAAACAAGCAGAAAUCGCCAGUUACGAGGAACUCGAGAAACAAAUCACGCAAAUAAGCAACCGCAUCGAACGAGUGAAGCAAAAAAUGGCCCAAGCUGAGAGCGGGAACCAAACUCCCGAAGAAAAACCCAUCGUAGUACCCCAACCGCCGCCAAAUUUGAGCAUGGAAGCAUGGUUAACGGACAUCAAACGCAAAAGAACGUUGCUCAUGGAGAAAAAAGCUGCCAAACGACAACGGAAACAAGAUUUAGCAAAGCGUCGAACUGCCGCCGCACAAGAACGCAUGCGAAUAAUCUCACAAUUGGCAAAAAAAGAAAAAGGCACCGACGAUUUCGGAAGUCGCGACGAAGAUUGGGACAUUUACAAGACGAUAAGUCGCGAGGGUGGCGACAGCGAUAGCGAAUUGGAGAACGAAAAGCUCAUGGAAUACGAGGAAGUGUUGCGACAUCACGAACCGGAGAUGUUCGAAUCGCAAAUUACGGAAGGAAAUGCCGCGGAAUUGAAUCAGCUCCAUGUCGGCGUCGAAGCGAUUCGAGCUCCCGAACUUUUGUUUCAGCCAUCGAUGAUCGGAUGCCAGGAAGCAGGAUUAGCGGAAAUUAUUGAUUUUGUGUUGAAAAUGUUCAGUCCGGAGGAUCAAUUGAAGUUGGCGAACAAUGUUUUCUUAACGGGAGGUGCUUCAAAGUUUCCCGGGCUGCGUGAAAGACUCGAUCGGGAGUUGUUGGAAAUGCGUCCCUUUGAGACGUCGCACAAAAUUACCUUCGCUAAGAGUGCGUCGAUGGAUGGAUGGUAUGGCGCCCGUGAAUUCGCGAAUAACUCGAAGGAAUUGAAAAAAGCGUUACUCACAAAAGCGGAAUACGAAGAGAAAGGCGGUGAAUAUUUCAAGGAAUUUUUCUGUUCAAAUCAGUAUUUUUCGACGCCAAUCGCACAACCGCCAACGGAAUAAAAAAUUUAAUUUUUAUCAUGAAACUCUAUUUUUUUUCUUAUAUUUUAUAUACAAUAACUCUCUCUCUCUUUGUCUCUAAAGUACCUAAAUUUUUUAUAUUUUUUUAUUUUUUAUUUCUUGUACGCCUCAGUAUUACUCAUUUUUCGUGGAAAAGUCAAUAAUUUCCACUAAACACCGUCCAAA